AUGUUUUCGAGUUCAAUUUUUCGUUCCACAAGUAAUUAUUUACUUGUUAAUCCAUAUAUUCAUCAAUUAUUCCAUUCAUUUAAUUCAAUUAAUACUCCGCUAUCAAAAAAACAGACAUUAAUUGAUCCUAAUCCACCUUUAGUUGGUCAAGCUAUUGAAAUAAAAGAAUAUCUAAGAGAAAAUUCCAUUCCAUUUGAUGAAUCAUGGACAUGUAUUAAAGCAUUAUGUUGUCGAAGUUCAAGUCGAAUAUCAGGUCUUAUUCAUAUUGAAAAAGAACGAGGUGAUUUUGUUUGUUCGAAAUGUUCAACAACCGGCACAUGGUUAGAUUUUAAAACUCAAUGGCCACAUUUAAAAUCAAGAAUAAAUUGUCCGAAAGUUACUACAGCAGCGAUUCAACUGCCAGAUAAAGAACGGAUUAUUUGGGAACAAUCACAAGCAAUUCAAGAUAAAGAUAAAGAACUUCUCGAAGUCAUUUUAGCAAGAUAUGGUUUUACUGAAGAAUAUACGCUAUCAUCUACAACACUUCAACGAUAUGGUAUUCGAAUUUAUCAAGAUCAACUUAUUGCACCAUUGUAUGAUACUGAUCGAUCACUAGUUGAUAUAGUUGUUCUUGAUUCACCAUCGAACUCCGAUACAAAACCAUUGAAACUUUCUGCACCAUUUGGUUUAAAUAUUCUUUCAGCACGCAAUGCUGAAAUAAUUCUUGUUGAUUCAAUAUGGGAUGCGUUAUGUAUUUAUCAAACGACUGGUAAAUUAGCAAUUGCACUUCCAAAUACAAAAUUUUCUAUUCGAAUAAAUAUGGCAUUUGAACAUUUACGUAAAAUCCAUAUAUGGUAUACCAAUGAUAAAGCAUUUGCUUUUCGUCUAUCUAAUAUUCUUAAUCCUCAUCGCUGUUUUAUGAUAACGUAUCCAAUGAAUGCUCAUAGUGCUUUUAAAAUUGGUCACAGUUUAAAACCAAUAGUUAAUGAAAGUUUUGCUGUAAUUAAUAAAUGUAUUGAACAAUUUGAUACAUUUCGUGAUUUAAUACGUGAUGAAUUAUUUCAAAGAACACGUUUUGCUGGAACACAAUGGCAAAGAUUUCCAAUGUUAUCACAAAUUAUAAAAGGACAUCGAGCUGGUGAAUUAACAGUUUUAACAGGAUCAACUGGUUGUGGUAAAACGACAUUUUUAAGUGAAUAUUCGCUUGAUCUAUGUACUCAAGGAGUAUCAACUCUAUUUGGUAGUUUUGAAAUUCAAACACAUCGUUUAGCGAAAGUCAUGUUAACACAAUAUUCCAGUUUAAAUUUAACGAAAAAUAUGCAUGUGUUCGAUAAAUUUGCUGAUCAAUUUACUCGUUUACCAAUGUUCUUUAUGACAUUUCAUGGCCAAGAAAGUAUUGAUAAAGUAAUAAAUACAAUGGGCAAUGCUGUUGCUAUUCAUAAUAUUCAACAUGUUGUUAUUGAUAAUCUUCAGUUUAUGAUGGGAAUGGAUUAUUCAAAUGGAGAUCGAUUUUUUAAACAAGAUACUUUAAUUCAUCGUUUUAGAAAAUUUGCAACAAAUAAUAAAUGUCAUGUUACAAUUGUUAUUCAUCCAAGAAAAGAAGAAGAUGAAGGAGAUCUAUCAGUUUCAUCAAUAUUUGGUUCAGCAAAAGCAUCACAAGAAUCAGACAAUAUUUUAAUAAUACAACAAAAAAAAUUAGCAAAUGCAGCUGGUGGAAAUAUCAAAUAUUUACAGGUUGUAAAAAAUCGAUUCGAUGGUCAACUUGGUCGAUUUGCACUUCGUUUUGACAAAGAACGCUUAUCAUUUUCUCGUCCAAAUGCCACAAGAGAUGAUGUCGAUGAUAAUCAACAACAACAACAAUCUAUUCCGAUCGAACAAUAA